GUGCUGGAGACCAGCUGAGCCAGCUCUCCGGUGAACCUUCCGCAGGGACGACACAGCAUCAGCUCUCGAGCCGUUAGAGACUCAAAACGCGCCACCAUGGUGAAGAUCAGCUUCCAGCCUGUCGCCGGACAAAAAGUGGAGAAGGACGAGGUCGAUGGCGAGCAACCUGCGGUGCUUAUCUCGCAACCCCACGAUCAGCAGGUGCCUCCGGUCAUGAAGAGGUCCUCUAUGGUUACUCUCUGCUGCCUCACGUCUGCACUGCUGAUCUUUACCUGUAGCCUACUCUACGCCUGUGUGUACAUAUACACACACUACAUCAUCCCGCAGGUUCCGUCACAGUCGGAGUUCCGCUGCCGGGUGAUGUAUGAUGACGCGGUGAUGGCCCCCUUGCGCAGUGCUCACGUUCGCGCCCGCCCACACACACACUCACACACACACACACACUCUCACUCCCUGGACGAGAAGGUGGAUAUCUACCUGCAGGACAACUACGAACUCAUCAGCGUCCCAGUGCCCGACUUCAGCAACACACACCCCGCCGAGAUCAUCCACGACUUCCACAUGGGGCUAACAGCCUAUCAUGACCUCACUCUGGACAAGUGUUACGUGAGUGAGCUGAACGCCUCGGUUGUCAUGGCGCCCAGGAACCUGUGGGAGCUUCUCAUCAACGUGAAGAGAGGCUCCUACCUCCCGCAGCGUUACCUGGUUCAGGAGCAGAUGUCGGUGGCGGCGCGCGUGUCUGACCUUCGACCUUUGGGGGCAUUCAUCUCGCGUCUCUGCAGUGGCAAGGACACCUACCGCCUGCAUCGCCAUGGAGACGCACGCCGUGUGUAUAAGCGGGCCCUUGAGAGUUGUAACCGCAUCCGUCACUUUGAGAAUGAGUUUGUCAUGGAGACGCUCAUCUGUGAGCCCCAGUAGGCCACGCCCCCAGCCCCUGGAGCCCCGCCUCUCUCACCAAAUUUGGGACUGAAUGAUGUCAUCCUCUGCUUCAUUCUACACAUCCUUCCUGAAAACUCUUACCGCACACACACACACAUGCACACACACACGCACACGCACAGUCGCACACCCAUGCACACACGCACACACACACAUGCACAUGCACACACACAAAUGCACACACACACAUGCCCACAUGCACG